UCAGGUCUACUGUUUCCGAGUCAUCAUUGAAGGCAGCAUCAAAAUUGUACCUCUAGGAUGUUGUUUUGAUUGCAGAACAUCUGUGUGAGGAAGGUGGAGAACUUCACAGGGACUGCCAGUGCCACUGAGGGAGUCCCAGUUGAUGAAACUGUUGCUCAUUUAAAGAAAUCUAUGCUGCGGGACAUGGCCUAACCUCGACAACAAACAUCCUCACAUCUCUGCAUCUGAGGACAGAGUUCCUACCUUCUCUCUGACCUGUGAUCUGUCUCUCUUUGUACCUUCCUUCCUUAUUUUUUUUAUACCUCUCCUUCCAGACCUUUUCCUCUGUUUCCACCUUUGGCUUGUUUUUCCCUUGCUGUCUCUACCCGUCUCUGUUUCUGGGGUUAGUGACCCCUCCUUCCUGUCAAGCUGGAUUUCCUGCAGAUGAAGCAUCUGAAGAGGAAGAGGAAGAGUAACUACAGCGUGAGAGAAACACAGACUCUCAUCAGGGAGAUCCACAAGAGGAGAGAUGUGUUGUUCUCCAGGCAGCAGAACACAGCCAUCAAUGAGCUGAAGAGACAGGCAUGGGAGGAAGUUGCACGAGGUGUCAAUUCACUCGGGGAGGGAGAGCUUCGUACUGCUGCUGAAGUGAAGCGUCGUUACCUGGACUGGCGUGCACUCAUGAAGAGGAAGCAGCUCCAAGCUGAGCUGUCUCUCUCCUCCUCCUCGUCCUCGUCUGUGGUCCUGAAGACUGAGUACGAUCAGUCAUCCCCUGAGCACGAGGCAGUUUCUCUGGGAUCUGGCUGUGACCAGCUACUUGAUCUCUCGGGCCUCCCCAAGGAUUGUCACUGUGACUGGUCGGAGCUGGAGGCUCUUGGUGAGCCGAGUGGACAGGCCAUGAUGGUGCCGCUGGGUGUAAAGAUGGAGGACGACAUUGGUGAAUACAGACUGAAUGGUGAUUGUGAUGUGGGCAAUGAAGAAAUAGAUGAAGAAGACAUCCCCUCACUACUUGGGGACAUUGAGUCACGUGGUGAUGGACAUGUCGGGAAUAUUUACUCCCACAGUGACUUAGAUAUGCUCAGCUCCUCCAAGACUCCGACCUCCACCUUCAGCGGAGACCUGCCACUUCCUGGAGGCUUAAUGGGGAUGCCAACCCAAGCUCUAGGUGGAAUAACCAGUCAUGAAAACAUGGGGGCAGGGUUUCUGGUUGCUGUCGAGAAACAGCGAUUGGAGCUGGAGAAACAACGCCUGGCUGUGGAAACUGAACGUCUGGCAGUGGAGAAAGAGCGGCUGGCGGUGGAGAAGGAGCAUCUUCGACAGAUGGAGGUGGAGAAGGAACGACUGCAGCUGGAGAGAGAGAGGCUACAGGUGGAGAGGGAAAGACUGAGGCUCCUGCUGCUCAGCCAAUCGGAGCAGGCUGACUCUUCCUUAAACUUGCACCCACAACAGAGCCCACCUUCGUCCUCCACGCCUGCUUUAUCCUCCACUCACCACGAUGGACGGAGGGAGAGAGAGAAAGAGAGUAAAGGCUGGACGACAGCGGUGGAUCUGGAGACAGAAAGGCUGAAACUGGAGAAGGAGAGACUGCAGUUGGAGAAAGAAAGACUGCAGUUCUUCAAAUUUGAGGCUGGCAGGCUGCAGAUUGAAAGAGAGCGCCUCCAUGUGGAGAAAGAGAGAAUGCAGCUGCACAAGGAUCACCAGGGCCUCUGAGAGCAAGACUUAGUGAAAACAAGAAGCGAAAUCAUAAAAGCUUCCAGAAGACAUUUAAAUACAAAACAAGGAAAAAAAAACAGAGUGUAUGUGGAUUUGCAUAAGAAGCUGCUGACUUACUAAGUCCCCCACUCAUUGGACUCUGUCCAAGGAGAAGACUGACACAGAGGGCUGACACAUUUACGACCAUCAUGAUAAAGCAGUGCCUUAUGAUGUCUUCAUAAAAUGGGUGACGGGAUAGAGAAGAUGCUAUGAUAAUAAAAAUCACAAAAUAAGAUUUGUUUGGCACGUGCAGCUGGCUGACACUGAACAGGUUUGAUGUAUAACAUGUGAACAGCUGUUCAGUGCCCCAUCUACUUAUGCUAAUGCACAAAAUGUGCCAUACAUGAUCUGCUGUGAUAUCAAUGCAACACACACUUUCCACUGUAGACAUUUUUUAUAAAGGUGUGUAUACAUGAAGAAAUGGAACUGUGAUGUCUUACUCUGAACUUAUGCAGCAAAUCAGUGCUACUUAAUCUACUGCAUGGGUGCUCGCCUUCUUACCCGAGUUUCCAACACAGAAAAAGCAAAAAACUAAAAACUAUCACUUGUAAAGACUGUUUUUUUUCCAUGGCACUUUUUACGCUGUUAAACUUGUGUUGAAAUAUUGUUUACAUGUUAAUGCCUGUAAUUUUCUAUGAUAAUUUUUACUUGAUAUUUCACAUAUUCUAUAAUUUGUAAAAGCCUAGGUUUACUGCUCAUUAAAAGGCUAAUUUCUGUUAAAGUGUCCCAGUUAGCCAUGACAGGGGGACAUUGAGCUGUUUAUACCAAGAAACUGAAGCAGCUAAAUGGAAUUCAGCCAGCAUUUUAUUUGUAACACCUGUGCUGUUACCUCUAGAACCUGUUAGAAUCGUUUCAGUAGAAUAAGUUCUCUUAAGAUUUCUUUUUUUUUACCAUAAUGAGUUGUGGACUUGGACAAUUACCUGAACAUCUGUGAUGAGCAGCUUUACUAGAAGUUUGCAUGCGAAGAAAAACAAGUGUUUUAAGUUCUGGUGUACAAAUAUGUACAGUGAAGCGGUGCUGGAAAAGUAUAUCACGCAACAAAAUGAGAAAUAGAACCGUAAUGUUGUGAACAAUUACUGUUUUUUUUCAAUAUCUAUCGUGUUGACACUGUUUUAUUCUUUAAACACCAUCAUUAAAGAACUCAACCAUCAA